GGUCUGAUGUUCCAGAUUUUUUUCUCUCUGCAUCCUAACCUGUUGCUGCACCCUCCCACUCUGUGUCCAUUUGCUUGGCAACCCUUUACCAGGCCAGCUGCUGCUGCCCUUUCCUUUCUUCGUGUUGAAUUCUAAUCAUUACUUUCAAAGGAAAGCGUCUCUAAAGCUCCUUUAUCGAGUGUUUGUACCGGGAGGAGGGAAGCCGUGUCCAACACCCACUCAGACUGCUCCUUUUCUUCUUAACACUUGUGUUCUGCAAAUCAGGAGCACUUUCCGUCUGUAACCUGCUUCUUCAAGUCUGGACAAAAAAGUAACGUAUGGAAGAAGACGCCCUGCAUUGAUGCCAUGAGGCUGAUUCUGGUUAAACCCACCAAUGCAACGCGGCGCCUUGACUCAACAGGUGAAGUCUUUCACGAAGGUGACCAUGAGCAUUGUACCUCAGGAUGCCCAUCCCCUCCCAUAAAGACCCCUGAGGGGAAGCAUGAUCCAUACAGAGGAACCUCAGUUGAGACACCUUUGACCCCACAGGAGAAAAGUCAGUGCUGUGUCUCAUCUUCGCCCCAUGAAACAUGCAAUGGACUCGGCCCUCCAAGAGGUUCAGCCCAGAUGUCGCCACUGAAAACUCGAAACCUAACCUUAUCACAGCUGAGUGAUGAGGACUGGCUGCUCCUUUGCGGCCAUGUUGGCAACGCAGGAGAUGAUUCACCCUCAUCUGAAAGAGCAGGGACCAGCGUGGGACAUCCAAACCACAAUGACAGAUGUGGAUGUCCCGGUCCUGAUGGCUCUAGUUUUCAGCCACAGUCAAAACAGGACACGGUCCAAGACUGCCUUCCCAGGGUAACAGCUAACAGAAGCCUUUCAUGUUCACCACAUGUUCAGCCAUUCUCUCCCAGCAGCCACAUUUCAACUCCUUGCCAGGUUUUACCACAGCAAACAAACCAAAGUGAGCUUUUGAGUCCUGCAACAAACCGUCUCAAAGAUCAUUUCAUGCCUCAGUGCACUAACCAAGAAGGUCGAAAAGAACAGCCCUGCAAUCAUUAUAAACUGAAAGACAGCAGCCAAGCAACAAAUUUGUUCAACAUUCCUCUAGACUCAGUCGAGUGUAAACAAAAACUCCAAAAGCAGCCUCAUUCUGUUGCUGGUGCAGAUGUCAUCUGGAGAGACCUUUUCGGUAAAGAGCCGCUGUUAGUUCAGCAACAGCGAAAGCAAGAGUCCCACUGCCCGAUGGCAGGCGAUCAAGCAUCUGGAGAUCCGUCCAUCAUCUUCAAGUGCCACCACCUCCCUCACGACCCCCUGACAAGCCAGAUAAAAAGAUCGUCUACACCAGUCGGCAACAAAAGUGUCACAUCUUUCUCCAUCAGUCAGUAUAGUUCCCUAGAGAUUCAAGAUUUAAUGGAUGAGAAAACAAGACAGCGACAAAGUCAGACAGUCUCUCAGGGGUCUAAAGUCUACCUUCCUAAACACACUCCUCCACCUCUCGAAGCCUUACAAAGCAGUGGCAUACUUAACGGGGAUGCAGUCCGGCCCCUGAGCAGCCACGGCACUUUGAGAUCAAGUUUUUCAGAUCUUCCUUCAGGCCAGCAGCCAAUCCAGCUUCUUCACAGUGCCAUCCUGGAGGACGCCUUUUCCAAAGUCAUCCGAGAAGACUCCAGUAAGGCCAAUGGCGAGGAAGGUAGCACACCACCGAAGAAGACCAAGGACAUCAGCUACAGGCUGGGUCAGAGGAGAGCUCUGUUCGGGAAGCGCAAACAACUGAGCGACUACGCGUUGGUCUGUGGGAUGUUUGGCAUCAUUGUCAUGGUCAUCGAGACGGAGCUGUCAAGGGGAUUUUACACCAAGGAAUCCAUGUAUUCAUAUGUUCUAAAAGGCCUGAUCAGCCUUUCUACUGCUAUUCUGCUGGGACUCAUUGUGAUGUACCAUGCAAGGGAAAUCCAGCUCUUCAUGGUGGACAACGGGGCAGACGAUUGGAGGAUAGCAAUGACUUUUGAGCGACUUGUCUUCAUCGUGUUGGAGCUCCUCAUCUGUGCCAUCCAUCCAAUCCCAGGGAAAUACGUGUUCACCUGGACGACUCGACUGGCCUUCAGCUAUGCAGCAUCAGUGACGUACGCCGACAUAGACAUCAUCCUCUCUGUGCCGAUGUUCCUUCGCCUCUACCUGAUUGGCCGGGUCAUGCUGCUCCACAGCAAGCUGUUCACAGACGCUUCCUCUCGCAGCAUCGGUGCGCUCAAUAAGAUCAACUUUGACACUCGUUUUGUCAUGAAGACCCUGAUGACCAUCUGUCCUGGCACAGUGCUGCUAGUCUUCAGUGUGUCCUGUUGGAUCAUUGCUGCGUGGACAGUGCGUGUUUGUGAAAGACAGGUGUCAUGUUUAAAUAGGUAUCACGAUGCACAGGAAGUAACCAGCACUUUCCUUGGAGCAAUGUGGCUCAUCUCCAUUACCUUCCUGUCCAUUGGCUAUGGGGACAUGGUCCCUCACACCUACUGUGGAAAAGGGGUUUGCCUGUUAACUGGAAUUAUGGGAGCAGGUUGUACAGCCUUAGUCGUGGCCGUUGUCGCAAGAAAAUCAGAACUCACCAGAGCUGAGAAACAUGUCCACAACUUUAUGAUGGAUACCCAAAUCUACAAGAAGAUUAAGAACACAGCAGCAAAUGUGUUGAGAGAGACAUGGCUCAUUUACAAAAACACAAAGCUGGUCAACAAGAUUGACCAUGCCAGAGUACGCCACCAUCAGCGUAAAUUCCUGCAAGCCAUCCACCAACUGCGACGAGUGAAAAUGGAGCAAAGGAAACUAACUGACCAGGCCAAUACAGUUGCUGAUCUUGCAAAGACUCAGAACAUGAUGUAUGAUCUGGUGUCAGAGCUGCAGCAUCGAAGUGGUGAGCUGGACACUAGGAUUGUGGCUCUGGAAGAGAAACUGGACUCCAUCCUUCAAUGUGUCCAGUCGCUGCCCGUUGUGCUUUCUCAAGCAAUAGCAAAGUUACAAAAGGAUUUCCUGGAUGACUUGGCUUGCCGUGUACACUUCCUAUCAUCCUCCCUGAGCUCUGAGUGCUGCUCAGUGCCGGCCAGGCAGCUUUGUCCAGGAUCCACUGCACCGGAGACACCAUACAACUGACUGGCCAUUCCUCAGUGCUUUUCUUCUUAGUGUGCAACUGUUUACAAUGCUGGGAUGGACUUUCUCAACAUGAACUCUGCUACGUGUGUAUGGAGUCAUACACAUUCACUCCUGGGAGUUGCAGCUGCACCACCAGUGCAAGGGGAAGACCCUGUGUAAGGGGACUUUAGAGGAAAAGGAAAAACAUUAUUCCUUCAUUUCCUCUCCCAAAAGUGUGGACUGUGCAGAAGACAGAGAGAUGUUCAUGAAUGAUUAAGACGUGAAAAAAAGUAAAAAAAAAAAAAAAAAAAGUAAAAAAAAGCUCAUUUUGUUUAUUAAAAUUAAAUUCUAAGACACUCAAAUAAUCUGAAAGAAAAAAAGCCCUGCAUUUCAUGGGACACUGUGGUAGUCUCUCUGUGUUUCUCAUACGUGAUAUAGUAAACAGCUUCUGAAGAUUUUUAAGUGAUUAUUUUCAAAAGUUACUCAGCAUGGGUUUAUUUAAUGAACUAAAAAUGUGUAAAAUGGAAAUCAUUACAAUGAAAAACGAUCAUAAUACCAUGAAUAAUAUUUACUCUAAAACUAAUCUAAUGACCUGGUUCACAAAGUCUUUCUAGAAGCAUGUUUGUCACACUUAAAUGUUUCAGAUCAUCGAAUUUAAACACAAAUAGAGACAAAAUGAAGUUUCUAAAUCGAGGUUUUUAUUAUUCAGGGAAGUAAGUGUGGUGUAUCAUAACUUUGAAAAGCUGAGUUCAAUUUCUCCUGCCAAACCCAGGCCUGAUUACUGCCACACCUGUUCUCAAUCAGAAAAUCACUUAAAUAGGAUUGCCAUUAGUGGGAGUGGGUGGCCAAGCAAAAUUACCCCAAGAGUGCAUCUGUUGGAUUGAGUGGCGACUUAUCCAAGAGUUGACAAAAGACUACAGAACAACAUCCAGAGAACAUCAGGCCUCGCUUACCUCAGUUAAGGUCAGAGUUCAUGACUCCACCAUAAGAAAGAGACUGGGCAAAAAUGGCCUGCAUGGCAAAGUUCCAAGAAGAUACCUCUGCAGAGCAAAAGGAACUUUUGCCAGAAAAUAUCUCGAUGAUCCCCAAGACUUUUGGGAAAUACUCUGUGGACUGAUAAGGCAAAAGUUUGGAAGAUUUUGGAAGGUCUGUGUCCCAUUACAUCUGUCUAAAAGCAACACAGCAUUUAUGAAAAGGAACAUCAUAGCAACAGUAAAAUAUGGUUUUAGGCUGUUUUGCUGCUCAGGGUCUGGAAGAUUUGCUGUGGUAAAUGAAACCAAGAAUUCUGCCAUCUACUAAAUCAUCCUCAAGCAGAAUGUCCAGCCAUCUUUUUGUGACCUCAACCGUAAGCGCACUUGGGUUCUGAAGCAGGACAAUUACCCAAAACGCACCAGCAAGUCCACCUCUAUAUGGCUUUGGAGUGGCCUAGGCAAAGUCCUGACUUGAAUCUGAUUGAGAUGCUGUGGCACGACCUUAAAAAGGCAGUUCCUGCUCCAGUAUGGUUGAAUUACAACAAUUUUGCAAAGAUUAGUGGGCCAAAAUCCCUCUAUAGCACUGUAAAAGUCUCAUUGCCAAUUACUGCAAACACUUGACUGCAGGUGUUGUUACUAAGGGUGGCCCAAACAGUUACUAGGUUUAGGGGACAAUCACUUUUUCACACAGGCCCAUGUAGAUUUGGUUUCACCCCCUAAUAAUAAACACCUUCUUUUAGAAACUGCAUUUUGUGUUUACUCAUGUUAUCUUUGUCUAAUAUUUAAAUGUUUCAAGAUCUGAAACAUGACAAACAUACAAAAAAUAUUAAAUCGGGAAGGGGGGAAACACUUUUGACACCACUGUAGGUAUACAGACUAAAUUUGAUUUAAAAAGGGUCGAAAGGUUUGUUGACAUUGUUUUAAAAUAUUAUUAAAAAAAAAAAAGAUUUUUCCUCCCUGUAAUCAUACUGAUCCAUUCCAUAGAUUCUCAAACUGUGUCAAUAGUGGUUGCUAUAGCAGUGCAACAUCCCACAGAAACCAGCAGCUGGUGGCAGCACAAUGUUGCUGAAGCGGGAAUGAGUGCAAAUGCAGAACAGAAAUGAGCUAUAAGAGAAAGUUUAAAACACCUGUGACUACAGUACAAUUCAAGAACUAGGGUAGUAAGUAGGGUAACAUUGUGACCUCUUAAAUGAAAGAUUGUAUCUGCUGCUUUUAGAGCUGUUGGCUUUUAACGGACUGUCAUUAUCACAAAGUGCAAGUAAAACUUUCACCAAAAAUUCAGCUUUAUAUACUGGUGUAUUUCUAACGCUUUUCACAUUUCCGGCUCUAGUGGCAGUGCAUCUUAGAUUUUUAAAACAUCUGUUAAAAUAAAGAAUGUUCAAAGUAGUCAAUUUUCUUGUUUUUAUCACAUUCAAAGGAGGAACUGGUUCCAGUUGUGUUUACUUCUGCUUUCUGGUUUUUUUUUCCAUGUAUAGUUUCAGUUGCUUUGCUCGUGUUGUUUACUUGUUCUGCUGGUUGUAUUGUGUUUUCUUUAUGGUUUGCUUCACUUACUACCGCACCCCUUUGUUUUUAAAAAAUCCCCCUCGCCUCCCCUUUCCCCUAGCAUAGUGGGGCCUUCUCUGUGUGAAGUUUGAGUGUGGUUGCGUGGGUUCUCACCAGGUACUCUGGUUUCCUCCCACAGUCCAAAAACGCGUGGGUUGGGCUUUAUGAUUCUAAAUUGUCUGUAUGUAUAAGUGUAAGACUCUGUGUCAGACUGGCAGCCUCAUCCCCCUACAACCCUGAACUGGUUAAGUAGAAGAAAAUUAAUGGACAGAAAUAAUUGUGCCCGCUACUGGCUAGAAUUUAUUUAUAUUUCACAUGUAUUGUAGUUUAUUUUGCAACCUGCAUAUAGUGUUUUGUUUUGUUUUUUUAUAGAAAUAUCUAAUAUGUGGUAAUAAAGAUAUUUGUCAGAA